AUCGUGUAACCUCCGACUUCUCUUCACUGUCGUUUUAAUGUUCUUUUUAUUUAUAUUCACACAUGUCUAACCAUGCGUAAUAUAAAUGUUAUUAGCUUUAAGCAAUAACAGUGUGUACAAGUACUUUUUGUUGUUUUUUUUUAGUAGGACUUAUAAUAUGUAUUUCGUUGUCAAAAUCCCAUAAAAUGAUCGUACAAAAACCAAGUUCCAGACAGGUGCACCAUUGGCCAACCAUGACAUAAUUCAAGAUGACGUCAAGCGUACGAGAGUGUAAAUAUCCUUUGAAAUCAGCUAGCAGCCGAGAGAAAUAUACUGAAGAUUCCUGUGACGUCAAACAAAAGAAACGAGCCGAGUCUCUACUAUUUCUACGUAAAACACGGUAUUCACAGCCGAGAGAAAUAUACUGAAGAUUCCUGUGACGUCUAACAAAAGAAACGAGCCGAGUCUCUGCUAUUUCUACGUAAAACACGGUAUUCACAGCCGAGAGAAAUAUACUGAAGAUUCCUGUGACGUCUAACAAAAGAAACGAGCCGAGUCUCUGCUAUUUCUACGUAAAACACGGUAUUCACAGCCGAGAGAAAUAUACUGAAGAUUCCUGUGACGUCUAACAAAAGAAACGAGCCGAGUCUCUGCUAUUUCUACGUAAAACACGAUAUUUUAUCAUGUUAUCCAGCCAUCUCCUUUGUUCGAUAUUGGUACCAGUCUUGACUGUUUCCCUUUCUUCCUGUACAGCUACAGAGAUGAAAGAUGACAAACCUUCUGACGAUUCCAUUAUUCAUUUCACACAUAGGAACCCCUUACCCAUGAAAAGAGCGAGUGAUCAUAGAAAUAUCAAAACGCCAAUGACGAGAAUCCAAUCAAAAGAAUAUCACGAGUAUGCUCUCCUUAGGUGUGGAAACAUUUUCUUAAGAGUAACGAAACUCCUUCAAGAUCACCUGAAAGAUCACCACCUAUAUCAAGUCAAAUGCUCAUUACGGCAGGCUUUCUUCAAAUGUAUAAGAAAUUAUCGCGAAAAACCGCGUUGGGACCUGAUGCCAGUUAUGAGCAACAAUUUACGGAAGUUUCGGAAGAGACUCGCCGAUAGUUUGUGGUCGACUCGUUCUUGUGUCGUCUCGCAGAACUGAGUCUAAUCAGCAAGUUCAUACGGACACCAACACAUACAUUAAAUGUAUAGCCAGCGACUGUUACAGAUGGCGCCCUGUACUCUGAUUUCCACAAAGGCUCAAAAAUAUCUGAAAUUUACAUUUAAAUUUUGAGAUGAAGAAAAAAUACUUGUAAUAACUAAACAUGUCAUUUU